AUGGUGGAAGUGAACGUUGAACAUGCAUCAGGAGCUCCACCAGCAUCAGUAGCGGCGGCAGCUGCGGCAGCCGCUGCAGGGGUAACAGGCGGCGUCGUGUUCAACCCAUCUGACCAGCUCCAUGACAUUCAAUUCUGCGUUCACUCUACUCCAUCAUGGCCUGAAGCGAUCAUACUGGCUUUUCAACAUUAUAUUGUAAUGCUAGGAACCACAGUGAUGAUCUCCACUCUCACAGUUCCUCUAAUGGGGGGAGACCACGGGGACAAUGCUAGAGUUAUUCAGACAUUGGUCUUCAUGAGUGGCAUCAACACAUUCCUCCAGACUCUGUUCGGAUCACGUCUCCCUACUGUCAUGGGUGGAUCAUUUGCGUUUGUGAUUCCAGUCGUGUCUAUCAUCCAUGACUUCUCCUUACGUUCAUUCACAUCUGAACACCAGAGGUUUCUUCACACCAUAAGAGCCAUACAAGGAUCACUAAUCGUUACUUCCUUCUUGAACAUCAUACUUGGUUAUAGUCGAGCAUGGGGCGCUUACACAAGGCACUUCAGCCCUGUUGUGAUAAUUCCUGUUGUUUGCGUGGUUGGUCUUGGAUUGUUUGAAAGAGGAUUUCCUCAGGUUGGCAAGUGUGUGGAAAUUGGUUUGCCCACGCUAAUUGUACUAGUUGGAGUUCAACAGCACCUAAAGCACGUCCAUCCGAGAGCUUAUCCAGUGCUUGACAAGUUUGCUCUGCUUUUCUGCGUUGUACUGGUUUGGUCAUUUGCUGCCCUACUGACAGUUAGUGGUGCAUAUAACAAAGCCCCUGCAAAGACCAAACAACAUUGUCGUGUGGAUAGAAGUUAUCUUGUAUCCUCUGCUCCAUGGAUCAGAUUUCCCUACCCUUUUCAAUGGGGACCUCCAAUUUUCAAUGCAGGACAUGUGUUUGGGAUGAUUGGUGCUGCACUUGUUUCAAAUGUGGAAUCAUCUGGUGCAUUUUAUGCAGCUUCUAGGCUUUCCGGCGCUACACCUCCUCCUGCAAAUGUCCUUAGUCGAAGCAUUGGUUUACAGGGCAUUAAUACGCUACUUGAUGGAAUAUUUGGGUCACCAGUAGGCUCGACUGUGUCAGUAGAAAAUGUUGGUCUUCUUGGACUGACUAAGGUGGGAAGUAGAAGAGUAGUGCAGAUAUCAACUGCGUUUAUGGUGUUCUUCUCAAUUUUCGGAAAGUUUGGUGCGCUUUUUGCUUCAAUUCCACUGCCAAUAUUUGCUGCCAUUUACUGUGUGCUGUUUGGCUUUGUCGCUGCUGUUGGUGUCUCGUACAUGCAGUUCACAAACAACAACUCCAUGAGAAACCUUUACAUUAUUGGUCUUUCUAUGUUCUUGGCCAUUUCAAUACCUCAAUAUUUCAAUGAGUUCUAUGUUUCUGCUGGCCAUGGCCCUGUAAAAACAGGGGCAGGAUGGUUUGAUGACAUCCUUAAUUCAGUAUUUGCUUCUUCACCAACUGUGGCUCUCAUAGUCGGAACACUUCUUGACAAUACUUUGGAAGCAGUUUCUUCCGUCAGAGAUAGAGGGCUCUCAUGGUGGCUCCCAUUCCAAAGAGAGAAAGGAGAUGUCAGAAACGAAGAAUUCUACAGAUUCCCCGUCAACUUCCAUGACUUCAUUCCAGCAAGAUAUCUUUAUUAA